CUGAUAUGACUACAACUCAACAAGGAGAAUCAAUGAAUCAUUUAAUGAAAGGAUAUAUGGAUGCAACAACAUCUCCUUAUGAAAAACAAGCAGCACAUUUUUUAACUCGAUAUGCUUUACGUAAAACACAAGAGCAACUUAUUCAAUCACUUAAUUAUAAAUAUGAAACUACUGAUAACUUCGAAAAUACAACUAUUUUAAUGUUUGUUCAACGACAUGAAAGUAAAUCUUUACCACAAUCAGUUACAUAUUGUUCAAGUUCAAAAAGUUUUGAAUGUAGUUGUGGAUAUACUCAAUUUUCAGGCUUUAUUU